GAACCCAAAGAAAGUUUUAAAAUUGUUUUUUGAAGUGAAUGCCACUCUGGAAAAUGUACCUCAUUCAAGCCAUUAUGAUUUGAAACAGUCAACAUGGACUUUUCACGCCUACACACGUACACCCCUCCCCAAUGUGUGCCAGAGAACACUGGCUAUACGUAUGCGCUCAGUUCAAGCUAUUCUUCAGCUGCUUUGGAUUUUGAGACUGAACACAAUUUGGAUCCAGUAUUUGAUUCGCCAAGAAUGUCACGGCGUAGUUUACGGUUAGCUGCUGCGGGCUUUAGUAAAUCAGAUGAUGCCCGAAAUGAUACCCUGCAUGAUGGCGCUUAUGCGGGAAACCUGUCUCUCAGAGAGCAGUCUUCUAAGAUGGCGAAGCAACGCAGAAGUAUGAAUAAACAGUCUGGCACUGUGAGACAUACACCAAGGAAAAAUCUAUCCAGCUCCUCUAUUUUUAGCCAAAGCAGUUUCAAUAGCUAUGCCAGUGACACGUCAAUGGUGUCCACUAUAUUGGACGAGUCUCUGAUUCGAGAGCAGACUGAAGUUGAUCAUUUCUGGGGUCUUGAUGAUGACACUGACCCUAAAGGCAGUGAUAUGACCCUGGUGCAGGGGAAUGGUGAGGUAGCACCAGCAGAAAUGCAGACUGCAGUGAUCAAUGGCUAUACCUGCAACGACUGCAGCAUGCUUUCCGAACGGAAGGAGGUUCUUACAGCAUACUCCCCUUCCCACAUGCCAACUUCCAGAAUUUACUCCAGGGAUAGAAGCCAGAAACAUACAUCUAGAGGCACCUAUUUCUACAUGAGUAAGAUUCUGCGAUUGGUCAAACAUACUGCAGCAUCUUUUGCAUCACUCUUAGUGCAUCUAUUUCAAAUGGUUCUGCUGAGGCUGGGUUAUGAACAUAAAGCUCACUCGGAUUACUGUGGAAGCAUGAAUGUAAAGGAGUUUUUUAGAGACAAUAGCCGUCUUAGUGUAAAUGAGGAAUCAAUAUGUGAUGACUGUAAGGGGAAGAAACAUCUUGAAACAUACACCACAGACCACAUGCAAUCCUCAUGGGCUAAAAGGGUAGCAAGGACCAUUUGGCACACCUUUUCUUAUGCAGGUUACUUUAUGGUUCACGUGUUGCGAACAGUGGGAGCAACCGGCUGGCUUGUGUCUCAGAAGGUGUUGUCUCUACUUUGGCUGCCCAUUUUUUCCUCAGGGAGGGCAGCCUCUGGUGUAUUCAGGUGGCUUAGAAAUGGAUGGUAUCAGCUUGUUACUCUGAUGUCUUUGCUCAGUACUUUUCUUCUUAGAAGAUGCCUUCCAAAUAUUUUCAAGCUACUACUGUUUCUCAUCCCACUGCUGUUUUUACUAGGUAUGUGGUCCUGGGGGUUCAAUAGCUUCAUUGCGUUAUUACCUUCGUGGAACUGGACAGAUCACAGAGUGCAGAGAAUACAUGACUCUACUCUCAAACCACAACCAGAUUCUUCUCAUUCUGUGCAGCCUCCAAAGGGUACCAUAAAUAUCUUUGAUACUGGUCGUAUAACUGAGCUGGAAAAGCGAAUGGCCUUCGUGACUGACAGAUGUCAUCACUAUGAUGAAGAACAUAGCAAAAUGAUGCUUCUACUCCAAAAGCUUCAAGAUCAAGUUGCCCAGAUGAGUGACAGAAGUGAAGUAUUAACACUAAUAAAAAAUGUGAUAAGUCAGCAUCUCAAAGACAUGAAAGAGGAAGAAAAGACCAGCUUUCUGGCUUUACAUCAAGAACAUGAGAUGCGUAUCACAACACUUGGAGAUCUCCUUGGAAAACUCUCUGCUACAUCUGAGGACAUCCAGAAGGAACUUGACAUGGCCAAAGCAAAAACGAUGCGAGAUGGAGAGGAACAUAAUCACCUCUUAUCCAAAGUUAAAAAGCUAGAGCUAGAGUUGUCUCAGAUGAAAUCAGAGCUGUUAAAUUGGCAAAGUGUGAAGACUAGCUGCGACAAAAUAGAUGUCAUUCAUGAAAAAGUAGAUGCCCAAGUGAAAGAAUCCAUCAAGCUGAUGGUUUUUGGUGAUCGACAAGAAGACUUUCCCGAAUCGCUUCUUCAAUGGCUUGCAUCCAAUUUUGUGAGCAAAAGUGAUUUGCAGACUCUGCUGCAAGAUCUAGAGUUGCAGAUCCUCAAGAAUAUUACUCUUUAUAUGUCAUCUACAAACCAAAAACUAACAUCUGAAGUAGUAACAAAUGCUGUGAAUAACGCAGGGGUUUCUGGAAUCACGGAAGCGCAAGCACACGUUAUUGUAAACAAUGCCCUGAAGCUCUAUUCUCAAGAUAAGACUGGCAUGGUGGAUUUCGCCCUAGAAUCUGGAGGUGGCAGCAUUCUGAGUACUCGCUGCUCUGAAACGUAUGAGACCAAAACAGCAUUAAUUAGCCUCUUUGGGAUUCCUCUGUGGUACUUCUCCCAGUCUCCCAGAGUGGUGAUUCAGCCGGACAUGUAUCCAGGAAACUGCUGGGCUUUCAAAGGAUCCCAGGGUUAUCUUGUAGUUAGACUUUCAAUGAAGAUCUACCCAACUGCCUUUACUUUGGAACAUAUACCCAAAGCCCUUUCGCCAACAGGGAGUAUCACCAGUGCUCCUAAGAACUUUUCAGUAUAUGGUCUAGAGGAUGAAUAUCAAGAAGAAGGUGUGUUGCUUGGACACUACUUUUAUGAUCAAGGAGGAGAGCCAUUGCAGAUGUUUCCAGUAAAGGAGAAAAAUGAGAACGUAUUCCAAAUAGUGGAACUGAGAAUUGUUUCUAACUGGGGACAUGCAGAGUAUACGUGUCUUUAUCGGUUCAGAGUGCAUGGGAAACCAGCCGAAUAGUCUUCUACACUACACAGCUUUUUUUCCUCUCCUCGUUGUACAUUUUAUUUUCAAUUUGUAUAUACCGGGAAACCUAGAACACUGGAAUCUGUAAAGGAUGAGGAUGUGAGAUGUAAACUACCGAAUUACUGAUCCUCUGGUAAAGGCAGAAGACUGUCAGCAGAACUGUAUUAACAAAACUUUUAUUUGCUCUGGUGCUCGGCUUGUAACUGCCAAUUAGCUUCAUAUUUUUGUGUCCAUGCUGAGAAAAAUAUUGCAUGCAAACUACUCUGGUUCAUAAAGCUCAGUUAGCAAACAGGUGUCACCUAUUUUAUUAUAAAUGAAUGUAUAGGCUUUCUAAAAGAAUAAACCACACUUUCUGCAACUAGGAAUCUGUUUUUUUCUUAAUCCAGCAUUCAACUGCGUACUUCUGUUUGACACCAUAAGCCAAAAACUGUGGUACAC